AUGGAAUGUGUUAAGGCUGUUGGUUUGGGCAGCCUUUGCUUCAUCCAGCGGCAAUGUCCCCUGAAUUCCGGAUGCUACCGAGGUCGAUGUAUGUGUCGUUGUGGAUUCGAACAGAAAGGCGACAAAUGCGUGGCCCUACCACCGCCUCCAACAACUACACCUCAACCUAAUAUAGCCAUAAUUCCCGGUGUUGCUGUGCCCAGAAGUAACGAUCUCUUCAAGCUAUUUGGUCAAAUAUUCGGAGGAGAAGGAGCGAGCAACGCAAUUGGAUCAUUCAUCAACGGAUAA